AUGGCGAGUUCCAAGCACGCGGUAAAGCGUCGAGUUCACCUGGAGAGGGCCACGCCCGCCGCCAAGGCCAAGCACGGCCCGUUGGAGAACCGGGACCAGUUUUUGAAGCGAGCGAAGACGCUGAAGAAACAGCAGCAAACUCUCAACACAUUACACAAGAAAGCAGCCCUGCGAAAUCCGCAGGAAUUCAACUUUAAGAUGAUCAGCACGAGGAAAGAGAAGGGCAAGUUGCAUAUUCGCAGCCAGUUGAGUGCGUUGUUAUGGGGCUCUGGACAGAAGGAGGACAGUGGGCGGGCAUGUCGUUGUUCGUUAUGUGAGAAGAAGAGAGCGAUGUUAGAGGCGGAGUCAGAGCGGCCAUUGUGGUUACGUUUCUUGGGUACGUCGAGUGACCGUUGGCAGUUAUUGUGCAUUGCAUCAUUGUCGGUAUUAUUCUGGUUUAUAUGCACACACUUCUUAAGUGCAAUGCCAUCAGUAGCAUCGUUUAAUCCAUGGGAGAUUUUGAAUAUUACGGAAACAGCGAGUGCUCGUGACGUGAAGAAAGCAUUCCGAACAAUGUCCCUGAAGUUCCACCCCGAUAAAAACCCGAAUGAUGCUUCAGCUGCGGCCAAGUUUGUAUUGAUAUCGAAGGCAUAUCAUACUCUGACGGAUGAGGUUGCUAAAAAGAACUUUGAAAGAUUCGGUAAUCCGGACGGUCGUCAGGGCCUUAUGCGUGUUGGUAUCGGACUACCUACCUUUAUGCUUGAAGAAAACUACCAGCUCUUCAUUCUUGCUACCUUCUUUAUUGGACUCCUUGUUGUUGUACCUGGCUGCUUUCUACUCUACUAUUAUCACAUCAGCAGAUACGUCAGCCACUACGGGCUACAUAAAGAGACCAUCAACAUGGUAUCUGGCACCAUGCAACCCAAACUCACAGCUCACCGUGUUAUUGCUAUGCUCGCCGCAUCCCAUGAGAUACGAAAUGCUCCCGCAUUCGACGACUAUGGCCGACCACGAAACGGCGUCCGAGAGAUUAGCGUAGAGGAAAUGGACAUGCUCAAAACCAAAUGCAAUGGCAAGGAAAUGGACCGAAUGGGUACACUAAAUAGUAAAGUCAUGAAGGCAUGUCUUCUCAUCUACAUCUAUCUUGCCCGCGAAACGCCCACUCUAGCACCCAAAUUUCAGCACGAAACCAGGUACAUUCUCCGCAAGGCCGUCCAGGUAUCAAGGGCCAUGCUCGAUAUUGCCUUCAUCAACAAUUGGAUACCCACCAUCCAGGCGAUCUUGGCUGUACGUAAGUGUCUCUUUCAGGCCGUCGAAAUCGGAAGCCUCCCCGUCAUCCAAGUGCCCCAUAUAUUUAACCCCAGCGGCCGGAACAAAGAUGAAAAAUUAGCGCGCGCGCGUGUGCUAUUAAAUUCAGUUCAACAAUUUAAACCCUCGGACUUCCAUGCCUUGACGCAGGUAGCGCUUGAGCACAAAGAAACCGCGCUCCAGAGUCUGAGUCCGGACGAGGUGCAGGAUGUGAGCUGUAUGUUCCAGGUUUUGCCAAACAUAAAGUUUGAAGGCGCUGUUUACGUGGAGGACGAGAAAGAAAUUUGUGUAGGAGAUAUUGCCACUUGCAGACUCACGAUCACACGCCAGAAUCUCAACGACGGUGACGCACAGGGCGACAUUCACGCGCCGUACUUCCCCGACAAGCGCCAGGAAGAAUGGUUCGUAUUCAUCGCAGAUAAACAAACGAAUGAACUCUACGGCUACAAAGCCGUACAAGACAACCAAAAAGUCGUUGAAGUACUUAUACAAUUCCCCGUACUCAAACCCUUACAGUGGACGCUGACUGCCGUCUGUCUUGCUGAUUGUUGUUUCGGCAGCGAUAGGACCGUCGACAUACCCUUCACUGCCCAACUACCCGAAGAGACAGAUCGCCAAGUCUUCAUACACCCUGACGAUGUAGCCCUCGACGGACAAGCGAGCCUCAUGCAACAGAUACUCGGCACCGCCGCGAACGAUGAAGAUGAGGAUGAAAACUCGCCCGACGCUGCCGACGAGGAACCAGACGAAUCCCACCUUCCCGAAGGCGAAGCUCCAGGCCACCAACAUAGUGAUGCGGAAGGCCGAACGGAAGGCGGAACGGAAGACGGAACAGAAGGCGAAACGUCCGGAACAUCAGGUGUGCAACAAGACGACACUACAUUGAAAUGUACAUUAAAAGGCGACAAACUUGACGGCCCAGAACGACAGGUAUCCGCGACCGUGACGUGA